AUGAGCAAUCUAAGUGAGGCUGAAAAGCGUAAAAUUUUGAGAGAAAGAAGACAAAAAAAAUUUGCUAAUGGCGGUGCAUCUUCAAGAUUAAACAAAAUUACAGGUCAAUCAGACAGUCAUUUAAACACAGAAUCACCCCUGGACAAUCCAACUAAUGAACCUGUUCUUCCAGCAGAAAGAAAAGUUGAAAGGACUCUUUCUCAAGAGGAUAUUCUUAACGGAAAAGAACCUUCAGAAGCUGAAAAUAUUCCUCAAGUAGAAUUAUUGAAGCAAUUGGCCUCAAUGCAAAAUGAAGGCUCUGACUCUACCCCAGAUUUAUUUUCCCUGUUGAGUUCUAUGCAAAAAAACGGUAUGCCUACUGCUAAUGGAACUGAUGAACUACCAAGUAAUAUCCCUGUGGAACCUUUAGUUGAUCCUGCAAUGCUAAAUUACCAUAAUUAUUUAGUAAAUAGAUUAAAAGCGUGGACUAUCCUACUAAAAUGGAUUGUGCUAGUUCCAUUCUUAUACUUAGUUACAAGAGGUGAAAGCUUCGAAAGUGCAUCUGUACUUGGUCCAUUAAGCAAUCUUGCUGAUUCUACUAAUUUUUUCAUGGUAUUUACAUCUUUCGAAAUAGUUGCAACAUCUAUCUACUACCAAAGACUUCAGAGUAUUGAAAGAAACAAUAAAGUGAACACACUAGACAAUAACAGUAAGAUAGUAAAGAUGGUAUCUAUGAUACCAGAAGGCCUUUUACCAAUCAAAAACAUAAAGGGUAAAGUGGUCACUUUACUGCAAUAUUGGGAUGUUUUAGCGAUGUUUAUUUCUGAUAUUUGCCUAGUUCUGAUUGUAAUUGGUAUAUUCCAAAAGUUUUAA